GGAUCGGAUAAAAAAUGCUGUGAUGAUGGAGAUCAUUGCUGCGGCUUGAACGAUAAAUGUCUUCCAGGCGGUUGUUUACCUCCGGGUGCAGACGACUGUGGAAAUGGCUACCACUGUGAUAAGGGGGACAAAUGUACUUCGGGUGGUGGUUGUAUACCUUUGGUAAUAGACGUCAUUCCUUCUUUCUUACAUAUUGGGAUUCGGAAAAAUGUCCAAAUGGCGGCUACUGUGAUAAG